AUGUAUCAGGAAAUGGCAUUGCUCACUGGGAAUGCAGAUCCCAAGUUCACUUCGUAUUCCUACAACAAUUUGGAAAACCUGUGCGAGGUGCAGACCAAGAAAGGGUUCUUCUACAAAAAAGCCAAGCUUCUUCACCCUGGGGAAGACUUGUGCUGCUUGGCCCAUCUAGAGGACCGAACCAGGCAUGUGAUCAUCAAUGUAGGUGGCAUUAAAUACAGGAUUCCAUGGACCACACUGGAGAACUGCCCUUUGACCAGGCUUGGAAAACUAAAAUCUUGUAACAACUAUGAUGAGAUCAUGGACAUCUGUGAUGAUUAUGAUGUCAGCUGCAAUGAGUUUUUUUUCGACCGUAACCCUUGUGCCUUCAGGACCAUCAUGACUUUCCUGACAGCUGGGAAGCUGAGGCUUCUAAGGGAGAUGUGUGCCCUCUCUUUCCAAGAGGAGCUGGUGUAUUGGGGGAUAGAAGAGGAACACCUGGAGUGGUGCUGUAAGAAAAGAUUACGACAGAAGGAGGAGGAGGCAGCCGAGGCCACGCUGUAUGAGAGGGAGAUGAUGGUUAAUGAAACUCCGCAAUGUGCCUUCCAGGACAAUAGCCGUUUGGGUUUGUGUAUGAGAAAGCUCAGGGAUAUGGUGGAGAACCCUCACUCAGGGAUCCCAGGAAAGAUCUUUGCUUGUAUAUCAGUCUCCUUUGUGGCCAUCACUGCAGUGAGUCUCUGUAUCAGCACCAUGCCAGAUCUCCGAGAAGAGGAAGAGCGGGGUGAAUGUUCUCAGAAGUGCUACGACAUCUUUGUGUUGGAGACCGUUUGCGUUGCUUGGUUUUCCUUUGAGUUCCUCCUGCGCUCCAUUCAGGCAGAAAGCAAGUGCGCCUUCCUGAAGACCCCCCUCAACAUCAUCGACAUCUUAGCCAUCUUGCCUUUCUACAUCUCUCUGAUAGUGGAUAUGGUCUCCGCCAAAAACAGCAACAGGAAGCCUGGCAGUGGAGCAGGAAACAAGUACUUGGAGCGAGUGGGCCUGGUUCUACGCUUCUUGCGGGCUCUCCGCAUCCUGUAUGUCAUGAGGCUGGCACGCCAUUCACUGGGACUGCAGACACUCGGACUCACUGUGCGCCGCUGCACCAGGGAAUUUGGACUCCUCCUCCUCUUCCUUUGUGUUGCCAUGGCGCUCUUUUCUCCACUGGUUUAUUUGGCAGAGAGCGAACUGGGAGCCAAGCAAGAAUUCACUAGCGUUCCCACCAGCUAUUGGUGGGCUGUAAUCUCCAUGACAACUGUAGGCUAUGGAGACAUGGUACCUCGGAGCAUCCCGGGACAGGUAGUAGCCCUGAGCAGUAUCUUGAGUGGUAUUUUGCUGAUGGCUUUUCCGGUCACUUCCAUCUUUCACACUUUUUCCCGCUCCUACACAGAGCUAAAGGAACAGCAGCAGCGAGAUGCAAGCAGACAGUUGCACCAGCUAGAGGAAACCACCAGAUCCCCAAAUGGUGACAGUUCUCAGGGACUGGGUACCUCCUCCCCACUAGACGCAGCUGGGGCGUGGCGUCAGCCAGCAGUGACCCAGGAAGACAAGAGGAGGUGUUGA